UCUCCCGCCUCUGCUAAGCUCAGGCCUCAGGCAAUAGCAGCAGUACUGUGUCUUCCUAUGAAGCCAAGAUAUGCAGCAGCCACGUGAUGCAGCCGGCACCGGCGGCGGCGGCGGGGGCUUCUCCUGGGUGUUCGUCCCGGUGAUGUUCGUUUUGCUCACCUUCAACUCGGUCAUGGCGGUGUACCACUCCCAGGGCGACGCGGCGAUGGUGGCCUUCGUCGCUACCUCCUACGCGGACCUGGUUCUGCUCUUCUUCUGUCUCUGGCUCUACAAGAGGGCCACCCUCGGCUCCACCCGAAGGAACCGGCUCAAGGCGUCCGUGUGGAUGCUGACCACGAUGCUCACCUUCGCCUUCGCCUACAUGGUCAUGGGCGCGGCCAGGCUCACCCUCGCAGGGCAGGUAUGAAGUGCUGUCCUGACUUGUCGUUGUUAGACUAUGUAUAACUUCUGUACCUAUGUACGUAUUGUAACACAACCAUUAUAUAUAAUAAGAUAAGCCACCCCUAUAGGGUAGUGCUGGUUCCCAAAACUUAUUGUCUUACAUGGUAUCACGCUAGGUUACGAUCGCUUCCGCUUCUAAACCCUAAUACCCGCACCGCCGCCGCAGCCGCCGCCGCCUUCACCGCCGCCGCCGCGCCACCGAUCGCGCCGCUGCCAUGUCGAGCGCCGCCACCACCGGUUCCACUGCUGCGGGCUUCCUCCCGGCCUCUCUUGCGGCUCUGCUCAACCUCCCGCUC